CUCAGCCUUGAAGCUGUCGGCUCACCUUCGCUCGUAUUGCUGCCGGUUGUUUAUGUUAUUGUGCGUAUUUGCAGAGGCUCCUGUGGUGUUUUUCUUUUUCUCUGUUUAAAUUGACAUGAUAGUUUUGAGCUCUCUUAUGUCUCAUGGAUCAACAGGUGGAAUUGGUUUUCAAAGGACUAACUUUUCCAUACCUGAAACAUGACAUUGGCUUCAGCCCACCUGGAUCUGUCAUGAGGGGAUGUAUUUUUAGUUUUUUCACAUUAUUUCAGUAGUAUUAUAAAAGGCUAUUCCUGUGGAUUCAGCAGCUGCUGUGUUUUUUGAUUUACUUUGUUGAUAAAAGUCUGUAAACUUGUCAUAAUGGUUGGCUUUGCGAGCUCAGAUGUUCCCCCCACAGUUGCUGUAAAGAUCUUCUCAGCAGGAGCAGCUGGCUGUGUGGCUGACCUGGUCACUUUCCCACUGGACACAGCCAAAGUCAGACUGCAGAUUCAAGGUGAAACCAAGCCUCUUUUGGCAGGUCAGAGAGCCACAUACAGAGGAGUUUUUGGCACCAUCUUCACCAUGGUAAAGACCGAAGGCCCCAGGAGCCUGUACAGCGGAUUGGUGGCAGGACUGCACAGACAGAUGGCUUUCGCUUCUGUCCGCAUCGGCCUGUAUGACACCAUGAAGCAGUUCUACACCAGGGGCUCAGACAAUGCAGGUAUCGGGACUCGGCUGCUGGCAGGCUGCACCACUGGAGCGAUGGCGGUGUCUUUUGCUCAGCCAACAGAUGUUGUGAAGGUCAGGUUUCAGGCUCAGGCUCGCCUGCCUGAGAGUAGCUCUUUGAAGAGGUACAAUGGCACGAUGGAAGCUUAUAAGACCAUCGCCAGAGAUGAAGGCAUUAAAGGGCUCUGGAAAGGUUGCUUGCCAAACAUUGCUCGUAAUGCCAUCGUAAACUGUGCUGAACUGGUGACCUAUGACAUCAUCAAAGAGCAAAUCCUGAAGUACAAUCUGAUGACAGACAACAUGCCGUGUCACUUCACGGCCGCCUUUGCUGCGGGUUUCUGCACCACCAUUGUAGCGUCUCCGGUAGAUGUGGUAAAAACACGCUUCAUGAAUUCAAGGCCUGCGCAGUACAGCGGUGCUUUGAAUUGUGCCCUCACCAUGCUGAUGAAGGAGGGGCCCACAGCUUUCUACAAGGGAUUCGUGCCUGCAUUUCUUCGUCUGGGUUCCUGGAACAUCGUGAUGUUUGUUAGCUUCGAGCAGAUAAAAAGAGCUGUGAUGAGAUGUCAGCAGUCCUGGGAGUCUCUGCUCUGACCUGUCUGACAGCUGGUUUGGCACUGGAGCGGCGUAAUUGAUGUGUCGAGUACCGGACAGACUGCAUCAAGCACGUGCUUCAAAGAGACAGCAAUGUGCUUACUGCUGCUGGUUCAUACCUGUUCCUCCUCAGGGAUCAAACUGUAUGUGAGUCUCAUUAAAGAGGCUGAACACAGAAGAAAAACAGCAGGAAGGAUUUAUGCUUCAUUUUUACUGACUAGUUGGCAUCUUUAAAUCAACUUUAAUGUGCUGAAGGAGACGCAAGUGAAAAUGUGAAUACCAAUAAUGCCUUACAUUCUGUUUACAUAGAUUCAGUCUGAGGCUCAUGGCUUUCUAUUAAGUGGCUCACUUGCAACACAUAGGGAUAUUUGAUUAGAGUAAGAUGUUUUUUAGACAUUGUUGUUUUAAAAAUCAAAAUGUCAGCAGUGAAAAAGACCUGAGUCAAAUUUGGUGUGUGUGUGUGUGUGUGUG